AUGCCGAUAUUGAUUAGGGGCGGCGCGAGAGGGAUGCCGGACGGGGAUUGGUCCAGGGGUGGGCCCGGAUGCUGGGCCGAUGCCGGAUUCAUCCCUUUGAUUGCGAGCCAGUUGAUAAGAAUCUCGCGAGACAAGUGCGUGUUACAGGGUGGUGUGCAAAGAUCCAGAAAAAUUAAGGAUAUUCAAGUCUGGUGUUGCUCCUCCUCAUCUGAAGAUGCCAUGACGAGCAACGCCGAGAGCCGGGAGGUUCUUCAAAUAAUCACCUCCUGCAACAACGUGGCUCCAGCUCGCAAACGGGAGAAAAGCAGCGAUAUGGGGGCUCUGAGUCGCGAGGAGCGGCGCAGGAGGCGCCGGGCCACCCAGAAAUACAGAACGGCACACGCCACCAGGGAACGAAUCCGAGUGGAGGCCUUCAACGUGGCCUUCGCGGAACUGCGAAAACUGCUGCCGACGCUGCCCCCGGACAAGAAACUAUCCAAAAUCGAGAUCCUGCGACUGGCGAUUUGUUACAUUGCUUAUUUGAACCACGUCCUGGACGCGUGAAGUUGUGUUAAAACUGUACCAAAAAUAAGUUGCCAAAGUUUUUUAUUUAUUAUGUGGCUAUGUAUUGA